GUCACUUUUCAACAUCGACAUGAAAAACGCCGCUGAAAGUCGAGAUCAGCCAAGGCCAAAGCCGAAACCUCGAAGAUUCGUCGUUUCUGGUCCAGAUUCAGCGGAUGCAUCGACGUUGUCGAAAACGGGUGAUCGUCCAGGUCCCCAGCCUCCAAGAAAGCCGCCAAGGAAACGAUGGACCAAGGAUGCGACUCUCUUCCACCUACCAGGAAGUAACUCCGGAAAUGAAUCCGGCGAUGCUUCCGGUAAAAAUUCCAAGCACGUCCUUGAGGCCGCUGGAGACUGCGGGGAGUCUCCAAAAUCAUUGCGAGAAUUUCUCCUGGCGAAUUCCCGCGACGCGGUGCAAAGAGAGGACACGGAUGGCGUGGACAAUGCGGCAUUCGAAACGGACCCUGAAGAGAUGCUUACGGUAGAGACGGACCACCGAGAGAGCACGAAAAUCGAGAUGAAGAUCAUCGCCGGAAAUCCCGACGACGAAGAAAUCCUCGAACGGAGUUCCGAACGGGAUAUUUCAGGAAUCCAGGAUCUCGAAGACAUCCAAGACUUGCGAGACUCCAGGAUCAGUUCGCAGGAAGCGAUUUCAGAGUCAGAAUCCCAAAGCGAAGUCGAGACCAAGGACCUCUUUGUCAGCGAGAGGGAUAGAAAGCGAAUUCCAUCGAGACUCGACCUCGAAGAAAGCUCCACGGAGAAUGAACUCGAAAACGUUAAGGAAACCUCUUUUAUAGAAGGAAGAAUUCAUGGCAGAAAUAAAAGAACUCCUCAACGAAGUGGAUCUUCUUCGCCUUCCUCGGAAGGGAGACCUCUUAAUUCGGGUAGGUCGGACGGAAUGUCCGAGAGAAUUCCAAGGCAAAAACAGCGUCCCCCUCGAGGACGUUCGCGAGGAAGAAAGGAAACCCCCUCCGGUGGAGAGCCUUCCAUCGAGAUGACGGAAAAGACCUCGGGACCGAGAAGACUCGAAAACGCUACAAGGAAAAAAUCGAAAAAGGGAGUUUCAAGCAUUUCGAGCAAUCCUCGAGAUAAAACGACGUCUACGUCGUCGCCGACGCGUGAACGGAAGAGAAGUCCAGCUUCGCGGAAAUCCGAGGAACGGGAAAAUCGCGAUUCGAAAUUCGUAUCCGUAAUCGUCCACGGAAGCGAUGUCCUUGAAACCGAUUACGCGACCACGCGACAUCCCAUGGUCAAGGUCCACCUCGUGGAGACCACGACCGGGGAACGCCUCGGAGGUGUGAGACCGAUCGCCACCGGGAAAUUCGACUUCAGGGAAAAUCGGUCCAUGCUCCCUCUCUGGGAAGAGGAAUUGGUCUUCGAGUACCGCUUGAAAAACCUUUUGCAAGUAGCAGGAUCGAAGCGUGGUCUGAUCCUCUUCGAGAUCGUCGAUUCGGUGUCCUUCGCAGAGGCACAUCCAGACUGUGAAAGUUCCGGUGAGGAGGCCUACAGCUUCGCGAUAGCAUGGGCCUUUCUGACGCCGGUGGGGUCCUCCGGAAUUCUGCACGUCGACAAGAAAAUCCGACUGCAGUUGUACAGGCCUCGAAGAAGAUCCUUGAAAAAACAACGGAGACACAAGUGCGAGGUAUACUCCUGGUGGAAAUCCAGGGUCAGAGAGAAAUACCCAGGCAGCAUUUACGUGACGGUAACGUCCGUCGACCCUCCUCAUCUCGAGCCAGUUUUUUACCAGGAAUUCACUCCAAAUGGACCGCCCAGGGCAAAAAGUGCAGCCAGCUCAAAGAGCGCGAAACUGGAAAAUUCUCUUCGACUUCCGGAGUGGUCUCGACUGGCGGCUCAAUCUUGCAAGAUACCCAACGAGGUCCUCUUCGAAACCGAGAUCUGCGAGAAUGGGUGCUUUUACGUUGCCUUCGGCAACGACGGGAAAUACCUGGCCUGCGUCAACGCCGAAGAGUACGACUACCCCGUUUCGGUUUACCAGGUCGACGAGGAGAAGAUCCACGCCAGAUUUUCCGGACACAAACAUUUUGUGUACUCGUUAAACUGGUCCAAAAACGACACCUAUCUGUUGUCGGUGUCUUCCGAUCGGACAGCUCGCAUUUGGGACGUCCACGACAAGAUCGUGCAGCACGUGCAGAUGUUGCCGCACCCUUCGUACGUGUACUGCGGAAAGUUCGACCCUGAAGACCCGUCCGUCGUAGCGACUGGAUGCUACGACAGGACCGCAAGGAUCUGGGCCAGGAGCGAGGAUUACGAAUCCUACGAGCUGGUCCAAGAGCUCGAAGGACACGAGGGCUUCGUGAAUUCUUUGGUCUUCCAGAAAACCGGCGAGUUGUUGACCGCCGACAGCGCAGGAGCUAUCGUCCUGUGGUCGCAAAAGAGAGCCCCAGGCAAGCCGUGGCAUCGGUGGCAAAUCUCCAGGCGGAUAAGGAUCAAGGAACUCGAAGGCGUGGCGAUCAACACGAUAGUUCUGCAUCCUCUAGGAUCCAGACUAUUGGUCCACUCCAGGAACAGCGAACUUCGGAUGCUGGACCUCGCCACUGGAGUCGUUCUUCGCAGAUACGAGGGCUUGAACAAUCGAAGGAUCCAAACGGCAGCUCGAGUGUCGCCUUGCGGGGGCCUCGUCUUUUGCGGUGGCGAAGACGGUGUCCUCAACGUCUGGAACGUGGAGACUGGAAAGCACCUCGCCAAGUUUACCCUGGGCGAUAGUUGCGAACCGGUCACCUGCGUGGACUAUCAUCCCUACGACCACCUGAUAGCGGUCUCCGUCUUCGGGCGACCAGCCGGAGCAAAGCUCCUGAAAUUCAGCAAAAACUCAACCGGAGAGUCCGUUGGUUUGAAAUUACUGAUUAAGGCGGAUACCACCCAGGAUUCUCUGGGAUCGAUCGGCCCGCCGGGGAGAGUCCCGGUUCCCCUGCCUCGCCUCGACAAGGAGAGGCGCGAGAGCGCUUUUAAUUUGUCCACCUCCGAGAGGAACCUCGGCUCCAGGAGCACCGACAGACUGCGAGAUAUCAUCCAGAAGAUCGAUAAGAUCCUGUCGAGCAGCUCCGUGGAGACCCCGAAGCGCCGACUGCGACCCGAGGAUCUCAGCGGUGCGUUUCGAGUUCCUCCGGAAUUAGAGGACAGACCGAGAUUCCGAAAGUCAAGAAGGACGAGGAGAAGCAUAGAAUCCGGCAGGGACGGCCAGGACUUGGACUCCUCGAGUUCGAGGCAAGGUCUGGCGAGCGAACGAGAGACGUCGAGGAACUCCAGGGAAAGUGAAGAAGAGGCGGAGUUCUCGAGUUCCAGGAAUGACCGAAGAGGAGCGUCCGGAGAUCGGGAGAGACCCUCUCGGCCGAAGCUGAGUAAGAGGGAGAGACGUCGAAGAAGGACCUCGAAAGGAAGCGAAAAAGGAAGAUUGGAAAGAGAUUUUGGGAGAUACGAGAGGCAAGGAUCAAGGUCCAGACCCCGAGGGUCAACGAGCGAUUUUAAGGACGAGAAAGGACAACCCGAGGAGGUGGUCUACGAAAAAGUACAGACGGGGGGCAGCGCUUUCGAGUUCUCCGGUUCCGGAGAACGCGAGUCAUCCCUCGAAUCCUCGACGGAACGUUUCCAUACGGAUUCAAGGGAUGGCGAAGUCAUCGUCGACCUUCAGGUCCAUUGCCCCGGUUCUCCUGCUCUAGAGGAUCAAAAGAAUUCGGAGGAGGUCCGCAUCGCCAUGCCCGACGCCGAAGAAAGCGACGGGAGUACUCCGGAUAGCGCGGGAACCUAUAUCGUUGACAUGAGAGAAUCCGACAACGAAAACGUCGACAGGAACAUAGGAUAACCGAGGAGGUGGCACCGAGUUUCGUGCCUUAGAUCUAUGAGUGAUUUUCAAGGAUCAGGAAUAGACGAUCAGACGGUUUGUCAGACAUGCUCGUCUAAUUAAACGUACUCAUUGUUAUUGUUCAAUAAGUUGCUUUAUUACAUUAAUUAUUUUACAGUUUAUUAUACAUCAAGUACCGCAAGUAUGUACAUUAGUUCUCGAGCUCGUUUUUUACGUUACGUUCACGUUGCCACCACCAGGCAGCACCAUAUACACGAGGAAGCCAUUCAUGACCGCCUGUGUAUAUACCAUUAAUAUUCUUAACUUUUAGUAACUUA